UGUAAUUAGGAACGCAGGAAGUUUCGGAAACAACGUGUGGCGUUUGCGACAUAACCGUUGGUGUAUUAUAUAUAUUUAUAUAUAUAUAUAUUUAUAUGUAUCAACAUCGUAAAGUGAAAUAAUGUCCCUCAUAACAGAAGGAAAUGUCCGUGGCGGUAGUGUUUUCAAGGAGAUCAGUGCUGAUGAUGAAGACAAUCAAACCACCGAAAUUGAGAGCCUGUGCAUGAAUUGUUAUCAAAAUGGAUUGACACGUUUUCUUCUCACGAAGAUACCCUUUUUCAAAGAAAUUAUCGUCAGUUCUUUUUCCUGCCCUAACUGCAGUUGGUCGAACACUGAAAUCCAAUCUGCUGGUCGCAUACAGGAUCAAGGCAUUAUCUACACUCUCAAAGUGAAGUCAAAACAGGAUAUGAAUCGAGAAAUUGUUAAAGUGGACAGUGCUACUACCAGAAUCCCUGAACUGGAUUUUGAAAUCCCUCCAUACACACAGAAAGGAUCACUGUCGACAAUCGAAGGACUGUUAGACCGUGCAGUUGCAGGUUUGAAGCAAGACCAGCCACUGAGAAAAGUAUCUGUACCAGAAGUUGCUGAGAAGAUUGAUGGGUUCAUUGAUGAAUUGAAUAAGUUAAAAGAUGGUGAAAGGGAAUUCACACUGAUCAUUGAUGAUCCAUCUGGCAACAGUUUUGUGGAGAACCCCUUUGCGCCACAGAAGGAUGAGUCACUCUCAAUCAGCCACUACAAGAGAACUCCCCAACAGGACGCCCAGUUAGGAAUAAAGGCUGAAGAAGAGGAUGAGGAGGAGGAAAAGCCCAGUAAUGACAUUGACAGCAUGAGGAAUGAGGUGUUAACAUUUAAUACAAAUUGUCCUGAGUGCAAUGCCCCAGCCUCAACCAAUAUGAAGCUUGUCCAAAUUCCCCAUUUCAAAGAAGUCAUUAUUAUGGCAACAAAUUGUGAUGACUGUGGACAUCGAACCAACGAAGUGAAAUCUGGGGGUGCCACAGAAGAACUAGGCACAAGGAUAACCCUUCACAUCACUGACGUGUCUGACAUGUCCCGAGAUCUCCUCAAGUCAGAGACAUGCAGCAUCCUCAUACCUGAGCUGGAGUUUGAGUUGGGGAUGGCGGCUGUCGGCGGCAAAUUCACCACCUUGGAAGGACUUCUUAAAGACAUCAAAGAUCUGAUUGUUUCCAAAAAUCCCUUCACUUGUGGAGACAGCUCCACUUCAGAUCGAACAGAGAAACUGAAGCUUUUUGGUCAGAAGAUCGACCAGAUCAUGGCAGGAGAAAUGGAUGUGCACAUUGUUCUUGAUGACCCUGCAGGGAACAGCUAUCUCCAGAAUGUUUAUGCACCUGACCCAGACCCAGAGAUGACCACUGAGAAGUAUACCAGGACAUUUGAGCAGAACGAAGACCUUGGUCUCAAUGACAUGAAGACUGAAGAUUAUCAGUAGUGACAAAGGCAGCAGUACAAAAUGUUGACCUUAAAAGAAUGCAUCCCAUACAUUUAUUUCAGGUAUUAUCCCUCACUGAAGUUUACUUGCAGUUACAAGGGCAUGUGGCCCAGAUGUCUUAUGGUUUUCAUUUUUGGAAAGUUUGACACCAUAAUAUUGAUAACAUUAGUCAAUAUGGUGUGAAAUGUUUAUAUACUUUAAGAAAUACAAAACAUCCAAUUAUGGCUACAUUAUCAUAUGGGACUGUUUUGAGUCCAUGGAAUUUACCCUGUUACCCUGAGAUGUUCUGUUUAAUGGAAAUAAAGCAAAAGCAUACUGGUUGCUGUAUACAU